AUGGAGUGCCUCAAAGACUGCUGCAAGAACUUCAUGAAGAAGAAGGGGAAGGAGCAGGAGACCCAAGUUAUCGCGAUGAAGAUGCCUCCUAACAAGGCAUCAGGAUGGGAGGCAGAUGAAAGAAGGGGGGUCACAGAAGACUACCUCCUGUCCAAGCUGCCCCCGGACGGCAGAGAGGUGCCGUUUGUCCUGCCGACAUUUAAGGCCUCGUACGUCCAACCCAGAGGCUCCCGCUACCCCAAUAUACAGCCUGGACCGCAGAGCUCAGCCCGGUGCACGUAUGCCGAGAGGAAGGCAGAGCUGCUGGGCUCCAGUCAAUUCACCUACAGCCCAGAGUCCAGCUUCCAUCAGAUUCAGCUGGCCGAGUACUUCUCCCCAGGAUCGACACGCCGCAACACAGUGAAGAACCUAGACGCCGGUCCACAAAGUCCAGGUUUUCUGAAGCCGGGCGUCGAGCAGCGACUGAGCAGCUCCAUGUUUGAUCUGUCCAGCCCUCAGAAUCACAUGCAGCGCUUCGACUCCGUCUCCAGCGUCCUCAGCAGCACCUCCUCCAUGAUUGGCUCCAUUGAAAGCAGCCUGGACUCCAUCACCCUGUCUGGGGAUGAGCGUGAGCUAGGGAAGGUGUGCGUCCGAGUGAGCUACCAGGAGGCCGUGGAGCAGGUGUGGAUCACUGUGGUUCAGUGUUCAGACCUCAGCGUCGUUCCAGAUGGAGUGGAACAACAAAAGAUUGGACUUAAAGGGAUCAUCACCAUCCCCAAACCAAUCCAGUUCAAGACCUCGAUCAAGGACUACUGUCAGGACAUGUCCUUUAUGGAGACCUUCGUGUUUGCGCUGCGUCUCCAGCAGUUGCGUGGCAGUGCCUUGGUGCUGCGGCUGCAGACACACAACCCCAAGAAACGUACGGUGGCGGAGUGCGUCCUCUCCCUACGACAGCUCGGCCCUCAGGAGACAGAGCACUGGCUGGAACUCAACCUCAAGUCCAAAUCCUCUGUGUGCCACGCUGAGCUGCAUCUCACCACCUGCUUUCAGCCAGUCAACGGACGCAUCCAGCUCCAAGUCCUCGCCGCCCAGAACCUCCCAGCAUCCUCUUCACCACUCACCCAAGCGUUUUUUGUCAAAGUGGAGAUGCAACAGUUGGGGCGGGUGGUGAUGAAGAAGAAGACUCGUGUCCUGAAGGCCUCGGGGGGGCAGUGUAAGUGGAAGGAGACGUUUCACUUCCUGCUGGCUGCGUUAGACCAGGCCUGCUCGCUGUCAGUCAAACUCUACAGCCGGAGCUCAGUCAGGAGGAAACAGUGUCUUGGACAGGUUCAGCUGGGAUUCGACAGCCCUGUCCCAGAAGCAGUGGAGCUGUGGAAGGACACGAUGGCUCAUCCAGAGAAAGUGGUGUCCGCAUGGCACAGGCUGAGCGCCGCCUAAACCUCUUCUGUCUUCUUGACACACUACAGAUGUGAUGCUCCCGGGCUGCAGGUCCAGCUGUGCCCGCUUGUUUUUCCAGGAGCUGACCACAAGUCUAGACUCUGGCUGAGUGGCCUGAGUCUGAAGGACCGGACUGUAAACUGCUGAAUGUGCUCUGAAUGCCCUGAGAGACCAGGUUUUCACUGUUCAGGUGCUCGGUUGUAAAAAGGUGUUUCGAACAAAGUGUAAUUACUGAAAAGUCAUUUUUUUGGUGGUUUUGGAGUAGAGAAAACUAUUUUUUUCCUUAAAAAACUGUAGAGCAUUUAUCCAACUGACCAAGUCAGCUGCAUAGCAGUUAGCUGUAUAUAAUGUUGUAAUUAGCAACUCUUGUGUCUUUUUAGGGAAACCUCUCUCUCUGUUUCAGUUGGAUAGAAAGUUUACAAGCUGAGAAAGUCGACAUAAAGCUGAAUUCACUGUAUUAAAAACCUUAUGUAAUUUAGUCCCAUCUUAAAGGAUAAGGCUGGCAAUAUUAUACAUUUUUCUCAUUGUCAACGAACCCACAAAAAGAUCAAAACCAACACUACAUUCUGGAUACGCAACGAUUCUCCACCUUGUCUUUGGCUCUCAGAUUAACACCACUUGUUCCUAGUGAAGACAUAAAAUCUUUAUGAGAAUAUCAGUCAUGAGAAUAUAAUCACAUAUAUAGAGGUAUAUUUUAAAAAGGGCUCUGUAAUUUGCUGAAACAGGUAGGCACUGUUGACUUCACAAAUCAUUACUUAAAGUAACAAUAUCAAAGAUCUUUCAGGUGUGUUUUUGAAUCUCACUGCCCAGAGAGGAAUUUUUCUUGGGAAUGUAAAUGAUAAAUGGACCUGCACUUAUAUAGCGCUUUUCUAGUCGCUUUGCGACCACUCAAAGCGCUUUACACUACAGACUGCACUCAUUCACCUGUUUCACACACACAUUCAUACUGGUGGCAGAGGCUACCCUAAACGGUGCCACCUGCCACCAUUGGGAAUUCAUUCACACACCGAUGAACACAGCAUCAGGAGCAAUUUGGGGUUCAGUAUCUUGCUCAAGGAUACUUCGACAUGUAGGCUGCCAUGGUCAGGGAUCGAACCACCAACCCUCCGAUCACUGGACGAACAAUCUACCACAGCUGCCCCUCAUUUAUUUAUUGAAUAUCAGUUCCUUGUUUAUAAUACUGCAGCAGAAACAAGCUGCUACCAACAUAUAAUCAUCAAUUGAAGUUGAUUUGGCAAGCUUGUUAAACAAUCACCAACUUAAGCCCAAUAUUCACACACUUUUAGCUCUGUUUUUGGUCUCUACCAACUCCUGGUAGAGGGAGGGAAAUAUCUGGCUAUUAAGCUGCUAAACCUUUCACUAUGUUCACCAGCUAGACAGAGUAUGAUGUACAGAGGCUUUAUUGAGCUUUUUCACUGAAAGUAACUGCCUGCUGCGUCUUAUAACGACAUGAGAGUGAACCCAAAAGUAAAUUUACAGACAUUAGAGCUACAAUACAGCUCCAUGUUAUCAUUUGAUGCAUAGUUAGAGUAAACUAGCAGUUUAUAGCUGCUUUAAACAGGAGUAAAGGUAUUUGUGGGGACUUCUUUAGAUGCUGAUUUACACACAUUUUGUAUGUUAGCAAGUAAUGAAUGAUCUUAUCAGCAACAAUGUGCUCACUGAUAUGUUUUACUAGUUAUUAGACACCAAUGGAUGGAGCUCUGUCAGCGAUAUCAGUGUCUGGAUACACAGUUUUGUUAGUUUAAUCUAUUCACUGUUGAUUUUGGUCUUUUCAUGGUAUUUGUUGACAAUAAGGGAAAUAUAAAGCAGUAUCAAACCUUAGCUGGACGCUUUUGAUAAAAGCACUUUAAUUUUUUUUAUGUAUUUAAUGUAUUAAUGUUGAGAAUUUAGUGAUUAAAAGUAGUCAUUUGA